CUUCAACAACUCCACUUUCUAUAUAAACACACACACACACACACACACACAUAUAUAUAUAUACUUGCAUAUCUUUCAAUCCAUUCAGAAAUAGAAAAGUACUAAGCAAAUCUUCCUGAACUCUGUAGCUAUGGAAACCUACAAACUCAUUUCUAUACUUCUUUCCUUCACAAUUGCAUUCUCCACUUCAGCAAGAAUGCUUGAUGAGCAACCCUCGGAUCCAUCGUCGAAUCCGGUCGUGGUGCCACCUUUGUGCACUACCCCAGCGGGCACACAGCCUAAUCCUAGUGUAGCUGCAACCACUGGUUCCCAUCCAUCAGGAGCUGCAGUUGUUGCCAACCCUGGUGUGGGUGCCACCACAGGUCCCAUUCCCACAAGAGCUAAUGUUGCCAACCCUGGUGUGGGUGCAAAAACGGGUCCGAAUCCCACAGGAUCCAAUGUUGUCAACCCUGUGCUUGACCCUGACCACACCCUGACCUUCUUCAUGCACGACAUCCUCGGCGGAUCAAACCCAUCGGCUCUAGCAGUCACCGGAGCGAUCAGCAACCCGGCACUCAAUGGUCAACUUCCAUUUGCCAAACCAAAUGGUGCAAACCUCCCAGUGAACAAUGGAAUAAACGAAAACAGUGGCAAUAACGGUCUUCUAAACAACAAUAACGUUCCAUUGCUUUCCGGCCUCGGUGGCAACACUCAAGCGAUGCUGCAGAACGCCGGCAACAACAACAACAACGGGGGAUUCCAGGCCUUAGUGGGUGGCCAACUCCCUGCAGGUUCUGCACUCCAAAAGCUCAUGUUCGGGACCAUGACUGUCAUUGAUGAUGAACUCACAACUGGACAUGAGCUAGGCUCAGGGUUUCUUGGCAAGGCACAAGGGUUCUAUGUAGCUAGUUCAGUGGAUGGAAGCAGUCAAACGAUGGCGUUUACCGCCAUGUUCCAGAGCGGACACUACGCUGACAUGCUUAGCUUCUUCGGGGUUCAUCGGAUCGGAGUAUCGGAGUCGCAUUUGUCUAUCAUGGGCGGCACUGGCAAAUAUGUCAACGCUAGAGGUUUUGCCAUAGUGAAGACAUUACCGGCGAGUAAUAAUCAGACGGAGACUGACGGCUUUGAGACCGUACUAGAGUUCACUGUUUAUGUUACCUAUUAGAUGAAGAUACCUAUGAUUUAGUGUGAUUUUUAAGUGAAGGUGCCUGUAAUUUGGCGUGAUUUAAAUAUUUUGAAAGCUGUACUAUUAUGAAUAUGAAAAUCAAUGGAAAAAUCUACAAUUUGCUUGUCUUAUAUU